UGGAGAAGCUAAGGGAUUCCACGUAAAACCGAGACUUUCUCAGUGACAGUCGUGGAUCCCUGAUGUGAGGUGUUAUCAUCAUGAUGGAGAAAACACUGAUGAUUCUGAUUAUUCUCCUCACGUCAUUGACAGGCGUGUGUCCCUGGAGAGCCAGAGAGACGUAUGUCAAGGCAGGUGAGAUGGUGGCGCUGUUCUGCCCUCAUUACAGAGGUUCUAGUCACGGUGAUGCCAAAGUGAUCUGGACCAGUUACACCCCCCAGGAGAUGGAUCUGACCCACAUGUCCUCAGCUGAGCAGAGUCAAAUGGGGUUGCUGGUUUAUGGGAGGAGCCUUGUGAUUCUCAAUGCUUAUGUAAACCAUCAAGGGAAUUACUCAUGCUCUCUGGGGAAUGCCAGCAGCCAGUUCUGGUUCAGACUGAUAGUAUGCACAACACAGUCCAGAGAGUAUGAGAAGAGGACCCAGUACCCUCAAAUAUGUUACUCACAAGAGGCCUGCACAUUGAAUUGUCCUGAGGUAAACGUACCUGCUGUAAACACCCCCAAUAUUACCAGCAACGCCAUUAUAUGGCACAAGGAGGGCGAGUCAUUGCCAAAAGACGACUACUUCUCAAGUGUGGAAGAGAAAGACAACGGUGUCUACACUUGUACCAGAUCUUACCUGUAUUAUAGACAAAUAUAUAACAUGACCUUUACAGUGGUGCUAAAAAUCAAACCAAAGGAAAAAUCUGGACAAUCAAUGAUACUUUCACCAGGCAAAAGUGGUGUACGUUAUGUAAAUUUAGACUCAACAGUGGUGAUUGAUUGUGAAGCUGUUAUGUAUUCAGACUUUGACGAGGUGUUCUGGUUAUACGAGAAAUCCAAGGUGCAAAUGAACAACAGCUUUCCGGUUUUCUACAAUUACACACGGGAGAGUAAUGCUGCAGAAAUAAAGAUGAAGGCAUCUCUAGUCUUCAAAAGCGUGUCACAGGAGGAUUUAUCAAAGAGUUACACCUGUAGACUGGAUUCUCUAUCUGGACCCUCAAGCUUCGUCACCAUCACCUUGGCCCAAAAAGCUUCUUUCUCCUCCCUCGCCCUGGCUCUCGGCAUUGUGGCCGUCAUGGUGGCGAUGGUUGUAACAGUUGUUUCGGUGAAGCUGAAAAUGGACAUUGCUCUUUGCCUGCGUGGCACUUUUUCUUUCUAUCGCAGCACCUCAGAUGGAAAGAGCUAUGACGCCUUUUUGAUGUGUUACAAGAGCGACACAGACGCAGGACUAAAUGAAGAUGACAGAAAAUGUCUGGAGAGUGUUUUGGAAGAGAGGUUUGGUUACAGUCUCUGUCUUUAUGAUCGUGACGUCUUACCAGGGAAAGCUACAGCGGAGGUGGUGCUUGAAUGUAUAGAGCAGAGCCGGACGGUGGUUUUGGUUCCUACCUCUCCAGAUCCUGGUCCAGGAUCUGGCCUGCUGAGUGCCAUCCAUGCAGCCCUUGUGGAGCGGCAGACUCGCUUGGUUUUCAUCCAAACUGAGACAACAGAAGCAUCUAGCUCUGGUUCGGUACCGGAGGCCUUGCAGCUUCUUAGCGAGGCUGGAGACUGUGUCACGUGGAAGGGCAUGAGGUCCAUGCCGCAUUCCUCCUCCUUCUGGAAGCAGCUACGAUAUUACCUACCGGCCCCGCAGCAGGCGUCAAAAAUAAAGCUUUUACCUUAGACAACUACUCAGGAGCAUAACGGUUACAGUAUUUACUCCGAUAUAUGGUUUAGGUAUAUGUCAUUAAGUCAAGUCAGACUGCAAGAUGGUUGCAGUCUGACUUGACUUACUUUCUUAUUAUUUAUAAUAGAGAAUUCAUAUUUACCUUUGUAAAUCAUUAAGUGUUUUUAUAUUCUAAAGCUCUCCUUGGAUUCAUCAUCGACCCUAAAUUUUUUUCUCUUUCUCACUGGAGCUUCCUCUUCUCACUCAUGAUGUUCUCCAUUCCUUCUUCACUUCCUUUUAUUAUUUCCCCUUUUCCUCCAUAUAUCACAAAAUGCCAUGGUUUAGUGUAGUGGUGCCACUACUGGCACACCGCCCACACCUGAUCAGCUCUUGGUGAUUGGUUGAACCCAUCUAAUUGAGCAAAUCUCUUUUUCUCCUCGGACAUUUUCACUUGUCGUUAAGGAAAAACUGAAGGGAGUUUGUGUUUGUAACUUAAUAACCAGGAAGUCAUGACAGUGACAGUGAACCAGCAUGCACAGUACCAGGACCCUGAAAACAAAGUAGCCUACCAGGUGUGGGCACGACAGGGAAAGAUGAAAAAUAUGCACUGCCAUACGUGUAGAUAUUACUGAAUUGUUAAAAAUGCUCGUUUUCAUUUUAUCACUACUUUUAAACCUGCAUUAAUGAAUAUAUAUGAUAUUAACAAUAUAGCAAUUCAUAUGUGUAAUGUGAAAAUAUUAUGCUUGCUGACUACGGGGGUCCCACAAGGCUCAGUUCUGGGCCCCCUUCUCUUCUCGCUCUACACAACAUCUCUGGGUUCUGUUAUUCGCUCGCAUGACUUCUCUUACCAUUGUUAUGCCGAUGACACCCAGCUGGUCUUGUCAUUUCCUCCCGGUGACACCCAAGUGGAGGCACGCAUUGCUGCGUGCUUGGCUGACAUCUCGAAGUGGAUGGCGACACACCACCUGAAGCUCAACCUGGACAAAACCGAGCUACUGUUCCUCCCGGGGAAGGGUUGCCCGCACCGAGACCUGUCCAUCACCAUUGAUGAUGCCGUAGUGACGCCAACUCGGACUGUGAGGAAUCUGGGUGUGACCCUGGACGACAUUACAUUACAUUACAGUCAUUUAGCAGACGCUUUUAUCCAAAGCGACUUACAGGAAGUGUAUUCAACAUAGGUAUUCAAGAGAACUACUAGUCACCAGAAGUCAUAAGUGCAUCUCCUUUCUUAAACAAGCAUCUUAAAGCAUAAGCCAGAGCAAAAGUAUAGUGCAGAGGCAAAUUACUACGAAAACAAUAAUUGCAACAGACUAAUCCGAAUAUAGUAAGUGCUACAAACUCCGGCCGAUCCACCCGGUCACAGCUUUUUUCUGUCCUGGCCCCUCAGUGGUGGAAUGAACUCCCCACUGACGUCAGGACAGCAGAGUCGCUGCCCAUCUUUAGGCGCAGGCUGAAAACUCACCUCUUCAAGAAGUACUACCCUGAGCCUUCCUCGUAGCACUUAUUGCAUUCGUAUUAGUUGUUGCACUUACUGUAUUCGUAUCAGUUCGCUGCACUUAUUGAAUUCGUAUUUGUUUACUGCACUUAUCCUAUUCGUAGUAGUUUGUAGCACUUAUUAUAUUCGUAUUAGUCUGUUGCAAUUAUUAUUUUCGUAGUAAUUUGCCUCUGCACUAUACUUUUGCUCUGGCUUAUGCUUUAAGAUGCUUGUUUAAGAAAGGAGAUGCACUUAUGACUUCUGGUGACUAGUAGUUCUCUUGAAUACCUAUGUUGAAUACACUUCCUGUAAGUCGCUUUGGAUAAAAGCGUCUGCUAAAUGACUGUAAUGUAAUGUAAUGUAAUAUUAGUGUGUUAGUCUUGUGUACUGUACUGUUUUGAUUUAACAUUUUGCAGUCAGAUAUUCUCAUCAAAACCCUGAAGGCAGCAGACUCUUACAAACCCACGAACACCAAACCACAACUAAACCAAAAGAUCGGUAAAUAUUGGAGAAACAUGUUGCUUUAUGUUUGCUGAAUAAGUGGAUCAUUGUUUGCAUAAUGAGGACUAUUUAUAUGUCAGCUUGUCUGAUGUUUUUCUGCCACCCAGAGGAAGUUCUCAGAACAAUUUCGGCCAGCACUAACCUUUGCUGCAAAUACAUGUCAUUUCCUGUGACUUAUUCCAAAUAUAAACCACCCAUGUGUUUCACCACUUGAACACUUCAGAAUAUGAAUAGGAUUAAUUGCCAAGUAAUAAACAUUGAAGUAGGUUUCACUUUCAAUUUGCCUUGGUGUUUGGUGCAUACAAUAAAAACAUUAAGAGGAAAUAAAAAUACUGGCAAAGUGCUGCAAAAGUCAAGACUAUAUAUUUAGAAAUUACAAUAAAAUAUGAAAAA